UUGUUCUUCUGUUUCUGAAAAAACUUCUUUUGAAUUUAUCUGUCUGUUAUAAAUUUUUGCCGUCGCAAAAACAGUGUAAACAACUAACAGCAAUUUGUUAAAAACUUCAUCAAAAAUUUGCAAAACUUUCCAUCAAAGUAAAGUAAAGUAUUGUUUAAUUUAUUCAUUUUUGUAAACAACUUACAUCCACCAAAAAUGACCGAAUCAACAACAACAACACCAAAUCGCAGCCUAAACCUAAAAACCGAAACACCAACACCAGAAACAUGCAAAUCCUCGGAACACUUUAAUAUCAUUAUGAAUAAAAUCCACGAUUUCUUUAAUGAAAAGAAAUUCUGUGAUGUCACUUUAAUUGCCAAAGAUAACAUCUAUCAAAUCGAAGCACACAAAAUGAUUCUAUGCGCUUCGAGUGAUGUUUUCUUAGGAAUGUUUGGCGGAUCAAUGAGAGAAGCUGCCGAAAAUAAAGGCAAUCUUGAUAUCGAAGGGCCAAUAUUAGAAUUGGUCAUAAAAUAUAUUUAUACAGCUUCAAUUGAAUUAACAGCUGACACAGUCGAAGAUAUACUUCGAGCUGCUUGUUUGUUACAAUUGACACCUUUAAAGUCGUUAUGUUGUGACUUUAUUGUCAAACAAUUAGAUUCAUCUAAUUGCUUGGGAAUUGCUUUAUUUGCUGAGCAAUAUAAUCUCGAUGAUUUAUACAAACAAUCGGAAACUUUUGUUUGUGAUAAUUUCGGAAAACUCCGAAAAGACGAAGAAUUCUUUAAACUCGAUGUCUAUCAAUUGAGUAAAUUCCUCUCGAGUAGCGAUUUGAGAGUCGACUCGGAAGAGGAUGUUUUCCGUAGUCUAAUGUCUUGGAUAGACCAUGACAAAACGAAUAGAGAAGAGUUUAUGAGUAAACUACUUCAUCACGUUCGAUUUCCACUUUUAACUCCGAAAUUCAUUGCAAGUUGCAUUGAACCGUCUUGCAAAAGUAUCGAAUGCGAAAGACUAAUUUGCAAAGCUUACAAGUGGCAUUUGCUGCCAGAGUUCCGUCUUUCCUUGUACACGGAAAAGCAUACUCAAUUAAGAAACUUUAAUGGCAUGGUUAUGGCAAUUAGUGGUUGGAGUGCCAAUGGAGGCGCUUUGAACAUUGGAUUGUACUAUCCCGUGUUGAAUGAUUGGAUUUAUAAAUCAGGAAUCCCGGCUUUGACAUUUGGACGGGAGGAUUUUGGAAGUACUUCUUUUAAAGGGAAGUUGAUUAUUGCCGGUGGGGUACUGACCACAACCAAAGAACUAACUGACCGAGUGGAUUGUUUGGAUUUGAAGACCUUUAAAUGGUCAUCGUUAGCCCCUCUUAAUACCAAAAGAAAGCUAUUUGGAAUGGCAUCAUUGAAUGGAUGUAUAUAUGCUGUUGGUGGAUGUCAAGGGGGUGUUAAUUUCAACACUAUCGAAAAAUAUGAUCCAUCUAUCAAACAAUGGAAAUAUGUUGCUCCAAUGAAUUAUUCAUCACCAGUUUUAGUAUGCGUUUCAGUAACAUUAAAUAAACUAUGUGUUUCUAUAAAAACUGGACAAGGAAUGUCAACAAUGUAUCAUCAUAAUCUUUAUGAUCCUGCUAAUGACACUUGGACAUAUGAUUGGUUAGUUACAAAUGAUAAUCUUGUUGGAACUGGCACUGUGAGUGUGUUUAGUAAUGAUUUCUUCAUAGCUGUUGCCAAAAAUAGUAUAUUAAGAUAUAACUAUGUAAUCAAAUCAUCGGAAGUUAUAUCACUUGGAAAGACUUUUGUUAAGGGAGAUUGUGAUCAUUGUGAAGGAUUUGGUGAUCGAAUGAUUGCAUAUGGUAAUAAUUUAUUUCAAGAAUAUAAUCCAUUUAGAGAUGAAUGGAAAACAAUGCCGAAAUUUGAGAAUACGCAAGGGAAAGUUUUAUUGAUAUCAAAUCAAUCAUAUAAUCCAUAAAUUUAAGAUAUUUUUUUUUCUUAUUACUUUUUUUUUUUUGUUUAUUUAUAAACUAUAUGUAUUCCUAAAAUUUUCGUAAUGAAAAUAUUAUAAUUUUAUGUUAAUGUUAUGUAUGUUUGAAUAAAUGUUAUGCAUAGCAU